AUGGGCGUCCUUUGGAAGCGGCGCUCCAAUCCGCUGGCGUCCGCGGCUUUCGGCGGUCUGCGGAGGCUCGGAGUCCUGGGCCGUGUCUCGGUGCUGACGCCCACUUCGGAGACACGGCAGCACUUCCACGCACAGUUGUGGCAGUGCUUCCUGGCGCAGAACUGGCCCGACAAGGAGUUGGUGGUGGUCGAGACCUAUCAGACUGAGCCCUCGAGCAUCCUGAACAUCCGGGACCCACGGCUGGUACAUGUCACCCUCAAGGAGGACCUCAACGUAGGCACCAAGCGGAAUCUCUGCGUGCUGCUGGCGAGCGGCCAGUAUUGCGUGAACUUUGACGACGAUGAUUUCUACGCAGAGGGGUACUGUGAGGCCAUGGUCUCGGAGUUGGUGCGCCGGAAUUUGGGCGCUCUGACCUUCUCCGCGUGGUACAACUACUUCGAGGAUCGCGGCACCUGCGGCUACUCUGACCCUGCCGCCUGGGACUGUGAGGAUCAGGCCGAGCUGGAGGGAGAUCUCUAUGGCUACGGCUUCAGCUACGUGCACCUUCGCAGCCUCGCGCUGCAGUUUCCGUAUCCGGAUCUGGGUUUCGCCGAGGAUGCGCCCUUCAUGCUGCGCCUGAAAAAUCUGGGCCGUGCCGGUCUGGUGGAGGAUGCCAGAGGCCUUUGCAUGCACGUGGUGCAUCGAAGCAGCUCCUGCAUCGACCCCGAAGUCUCGCAGAUCCUCAGCGAGGAGGAGUUGGAGGAUCUCUUGGUCUUCGACUCAGAGGCGUUCCAGGCCUAUCUUCGUCAGAGAGCAUGGCCCUGCCUUUGCAGCUAG